AUGAAACGGCCUCCGCCAAGAGGAAAGAAAGGCACCAAGAAACAUCUGCCUGUUUACCCGCAGGCACUGACGGCUUUGAUUCUGUCCGUGGCUCCCAACCUAGAGUCUUUGGCCUUCCCAGAUAUAAGUGCUGAGUUCGAGUCCCCGAGUGAAUGCUCGUUGAUGCUGCAAGCGUUCUUGGAGCGAGCAAAUGCCACGCCAACGGAGAUACCGUACCUUCAGAAUUUACGCGACGUACACUGUCUCAGUAAUAAGGAUCCUGUUCUGAGUGACGAGCGAUUCUAUGAGAAUUAUAACCUUGCGGAGCGCAUGAAGUUGGUCGGCAACUUGCCGGCCCUGGAAAGUAUAAGUGUGGAAGCCAUAGAGGACAGACACUACGGUAUAGACCUCGAACCGCGGUCGACCAACUUCAAGAGAGUGUACAUCCGGAACUCGAACUACUCCAGCGGAAGCCUGGCCGAAAUCAUCAAGUCGUGCAGACGUCUCCAAGCGUUCAAACACUCGAUCGGCGGACGGGCUUCUGUCGAUGGCAGCUACCCUAUGUUCUUAGAGUCGGAUCUGCUAGACGCACUCCUGUACCAUACCAAUACACUACAGCAGCUCGAGGUGGACGUCGAUGAGGAAUUCACUGAUCAGCGACCAGGAUCCUGGGACAAAGAUGGCGAAUAUACGAUGAGAGAGGAUCCAUACGAGAAUGACUACACCGAGGGACGGCCGACGUCACUCCGUGACUUCGUGACUUUACCGCGAUGA